AUGUCUGGACCGAAGCAAGAACCCAGUCAAACACCCCCGUUUCUUCCUUCGGGGGAUGAAUCCCAAUCUCAGCCAGAAUUACCUGUGGAAAAACAAUUGAACACUCAUGGCAAAGACUUUGGUCCUCCACCUGAUGGGGGUUUAGAAGCUUGGUCAGUUGUAGCUGGGGGUUUCUGCGCAGUCUUUGCCAGUUUUGGGUGGAUUAAUUGCAUUGGCAUAUUCCAAGACUACUAUGAGCAAAAUCAACUGAGUUCAUAUUCGUCCAGUACUGUUGCAUGGAUACCUUCAGUCGAAUCAUUUAUGAUGUUCUUUUGGGGCCCUGUCGUCGGUAAAAUGACAGACGAGUUUGGUCCUCGUAUACCAAUCCUUCUUGGUUCAUUCCUCCAUGUCUUUGGUCUGAUGAUGACAUCCAUAUCAAAAGAAUACUACCAGAUCCUUUUAUCUCAAAGCUUCUGCAGUGCUAUAGGCUGCUCGUUUCUCUUCUACGCCCCUAUCGCUGCUGUUGGUACUUGGUUCCUUCGACACCGCGCCAUAGCAUUCGGCAUUGUCACUGCUGGCUCCAGUCUAGGCGGUGUCGUACUGCCCAUCAUGGUCAAUCACCUUGUUGUCAGCAUUGGGUUUGGCUGGGCAAUGAGAUCUGUCGCAUUCCUCUUUCUAGGACUUUUGGCUAUUGCAAACAUCACAAUCAAGUCACGACUACCGCCACCUCGCAGAAAGUUUGACCCCAAGGACUUUGUCACGCCAUUCAAGGAGAUGCCUUUUCUUUUUUUGACCAUAUCAGCAUUUCUUCUAUACUUGGGCUCCUUUCUGCCCUUCAACUUCAUCAUUGUGCAAGCAAAGGCACUUGGUGUAUCUCCGAAGUUGGCUGAGUACAUGGUUCCCAUAGUCAACGCCGCCUCCACAUUUGGCAGACUUCUCCCGGCUUAUCUCGGCGACAGAGUCGGUGUCUUCAACGUCAUGAUUCCUCUCACCCUACUCGGUGGCAUCUUUACUCUCACCGUGUGGCUCACCGCCCAUUCCACUGCGUCGGUUAUAGCUUACGCUGCACUGUAUGGCUUCACUUCCGGGUGUACACUUUCUAUCAUCCCUGCCAUGGUUGCUUCAUUCUCAGACGUGCGGAGUAUUGGUACACGUAAUGGUUCGCUCUAUGGCGUUUCCGCAUUCGGCGUGCUUGUCGGUAGCCCCAUCGCUGGAGCUAUUGUUAGUGACCAGGGUGGUGAUUUUUCGGGAUUGAUCAUAUUCUGUGGCGUGUCUAUCCUUCUUGGGACAGCUGUUGCAAUUGUAUCAAGGCAAUUCCUAGUGGGAUCCAAGUGGAGGGUAAAAGUGUAA